AUGGCUAGCCAACUUAUGAACGAUGGCCUACACGCCCUGCUUCGGAGAGCCGCUGAGGACUCCGAUCCCGACGAUGCCCCCGAGGCAGGGUCCAAGGAGAUCACAAGCUCCUGGGCAUUGUUUAUCAUGAUCAUGUUGUUGAUGUUCGCCCUAUUCACGAGCUACAUCCUUCAGCAGAAGAAGAUCCAAGCUGUCCAUGAGACGGUUCUAUCAAUUUUUGCAGGGAUGUUCGUUGGACUACUUAUCCGUUUCACAGACUCCACCCUCCAAGACAGCGUCGCCUUCGACUACCAAUUCUUCUUCAACCUCCUUCUCCCUCCGAUUAUUCUCGCCUCUGGUUAUGAGCUCCACCAGGCGAACUUCUUCCGACAUAUCGGCACGAUUCUCACAUUUGCGUUCGCCGGUACUUUUAUCUCCGCAAUCGCUCUCGGUCUGGUGCUGUACCUAUGGACACGGAUCCCGCUGAGUGGGUUGGAUAUCUCUUUCGUCGAAGCUAUUUCGGUCGGCGCAACUCUCUCCGCUACGGACCCUGUCACCAUCUUAGCUAUCUUCAAUCUUUAUAAGGUCGAGCCGAAGCUGUAUACUAUCAUUUUUGGCGAGUCGAUCCUGAACGAUGCUAUUGCCAUCGUGCUCUUCGAGACGGCGCAGAGGUAUCACGAGACCGGCGCGGCUGGCUCUUUGACCUUCCUCAAUAUAUUUGAGGCCGUGGGGCUCUUUUUACUCGUCUUCUUUGGUAGUAUGGUUGUCGGAAUGCUGGUUGGAAUCGCGACCGCGCUAGGUCUCAAAUACACCCUCGUGCGACGCUUGCCCAAGAUCGAGAGCUGUCUGAUCAUCUUGGUCGCAUACGCCAGCUACUUCUUCUCCAAUGGCGUGCACCUUUCCGGCAUUGUCUCGCUCUUGUUUUGUGGUAUCACCCUCAAGCACUAUGCUUACUAUAACAUGUCGCGUCGCACGCAGUUGACCACCAAGUACCUGUUCCAGGUGAUGGCUCAACUUUCAGAGAACUUCAUUUUUAUUUACCUCGGCCUUGACCUCUUCGUGGAGCCUAACCUCCAGUUCAACCCCUUGUUCAUCCUGGUGGCAGUGUUUGGUAUCUGUCUCGCCCGCUACCUCGCGGUCUUCCCGCUUUCCAAGGCUAUCAAUUGGUUCAUUCGGUACCGAGCACGCCGCCGCGGCGUGGACGUUCCCGACGAGCUGCCUUUCGCUUAUCAGGCGAUGCUCUACUGGGCUGGAUUACGUGGUGCCGUCGGUGUUGCGCUAGCAGCUGGUCUAUCAGGAGUCAACGCCCCGCACUUCAUUCUGGGCAUUCGAACGGGUGUGGUCGAAGAGCUUGACUCGGACGAUGAAUUCGACACCGAGGUGACCCAUGGCGGCACCUACUACAAGCGCUCCGGCACGAGCCUGGGAUACAUCCCGCGACGCGCCGACUCGGUGAUCCCCAUGGAUGGGGUCACCACUCCACGCGCCGAAGGCGAGCGUACACACAGCUACUCCAGCGGCAACAGUCGCCGUCCAAGCCCACCCUAUACCCACACAAGAAUGUACUCCGCCGCAUACAGCAACAAAGACCAGUCCUGGCGCGACCGUCAAUCCGCUGCGACGUUACUCAACGGCGCCUCUGGGCCGAGCGCCGGCGAAGGCAGCGACGACGAGUUCGGCCUGCCACCCUCGGGCCCUGGCCGCUCCAAUGAUCCCACCCACCCAGACGAGUUCGACCUCGAUAUCGAGGGCGUCUCUGACGACGACCUCCCACCGGCUGCAAGCGGGGCCUCGCGUCUCCGCCGAUCCGCCUCUCAACCCCCUCACCCUUCGAGCGCCCCACCUACCAACGCCGCGGCAUCAACCAGCGUCUCACCCACUCGCCAGCCAGUCGGUAUGUCCGCGCGGGAUGCGGUGCGGGGUUUGUUUUCGGGAGGUGCUUCGGGCGAUCAUGCCGCUUGGUUCCGCCAGCUCGAUGAGGACUAUAUCAAGCCCACACUUUUGCUGGACCAGUCGAAUCAUAAAGGACCUGGGCCUGGUGCGGUUUGA